AUGGUUGUGUUGAUUGGAGACUCUGGAGUUGGGAAAAGUAAUCUUCUGUCACGUUUCACACGCAAUGAGUUCAAUCUGGAGAGUAAGAGCACCAUUGGGGUGGAAUUUGCCACCAGGAGCAUCCAGGUGGAUGGGAAGACGAUAAAAGCCCAGAUCUGGGAUACUGCAGGCCAGGAGCGAUACCGUGCCAUUACCUCAGCAUAUUACCGCGGUGCUGUCGGGGCUCUGCUCGUCUAUGACAUUGCCAAACACCUCACCUACGAGAACGUGGAGCGUUGGCUGAAGGAGCUGCGAGACCACGCUGACAACAACAUCGUCAUCAUGCUGGUGGGUAACAAGAGCGACCUGCGCCACCUCCGGGCCGUGCCCACCGACGAGGCUCGGGCAUUUGCAGAAAAAAAUAACUUAUCUUUUAUUGAAACAUCUGCUUUGGAUUCAACAAAUGUAGAAGAAGCCUUCAAGAACAUCCUUACAGAAAUCUACCGCAUCGUGUCGCAGAAGCAAAUCGCCGACCGGUCUGCACACGAUGAGUCUCCUGGCAACAACGUCGUGGACAUCAGUGUCCCACCAACCACCGACGGACAGAAAUCCAACAAACUGCAGUGCUGUCAGAACCUGUGACCUUCUGUAGAUGACUCUUGUGCCCUCCAUUUCGUCUGUGCUUCAUUUAGAAACUUGUGUGCACUUCUGUCUCCUGUGAUUCAGUGACUCCCUYCUCCCUCCUUUACUCCAUUCCCAAAUCUCCCCUCUCAUAUAAGAGCUUUAAUUGUAGGGCUAACAUCCCCCUGCCUCUGAAACCCCUUCCAUGUGGUGACUUCUGGGCUUGAAAUGUAGUCACAGAUCUGAUAGACAUAUUUGUGUUGGAACAUCUGCUGCUGGAUAUUAUCCYAUGAAACACUCUUCUCAAAUGGGUUUGUUUUGGUUUGUUAGGUUUCUUUUUAGUUUGGUUUUGUUGUUGUUGUUUUCUGGGAGGGGAACAAUGGGACUUGACUCUAUCAGUUGAAUUAACUACAUUUAGGUGACAAGGUUUUUCCUCCCAUAGUCAGAUAUCUUUUUUCUUGUGUUUCUGUAAACAUGGGGGAGAAAUUAAACUAGCUAUCCUACCAAAUGCUCUGUUUUCUGUCCUGAUGAAGUCUCACAGUGAGGAUUUUAGUGGCUGCACACACAUAAGAAAGCUGUUGAAAAUAACAUUACUUAUUCUGUAAUUACCCCUAAUACAGGUAGUCUGGCUGUGUAGUUUACUGUUUCCUGCUUGGGAAAUCUUUCUCUAUUCUUGUUUUAUUUGGGAACAAUGAARUAUGUCUGCAUUGCUUUCUCUGCCACCAUAAAUGCCUUUGCAGGCUUUAUGAAGUGGCUUAAUAUUUAUUCAUGGCUUAUGUUAAUCAGUUAACAUUAUUGUACAGUAAGUGCCAGCGUAUUGAUUUCAGAAACCUUUUGCAACCUGUACAAGUAGGCUUCUUUUGUACUGUAGGUCAGUGUCUGAAAGCAGGAUCUGCUCUAGUUCCAGGGUUGUUUUUUUUUUGCAUGCUGCUUUUUCUCUAGAUCUCUCCUGCCCCUGUUUGAGUGAGUGAAGCAAUAUUUUCAUGUCACAUAUAUACCUGCACUUGUAAGGGUUUUGAUUGUUGUAGAGAAACACAAUACUUUAUACAUUUUGUAAAACUUCUGCAGAUCCAUAGCAUCUGGAACUUUCUCUUCAUGAUCUUUCACUAUUGACCUCUACUAAAAUGCAUAAUAUUAGGAUUUCACAUAAUAAGUACUAACAUGUUGUUUUCCUCUUACCGUUUUACUGAACUGCAGACUGUAAUUCUUAAAUGAUUGUACUUCACUUAUGUAACAGAUUUGUCAUCAGCAGGGCUAACUACUCUAAUUCUUUGUUGUGCUGAAUGGGAAGAAUGUUACCACAACUUUGUGUAGUCAGUCUCUUGCUUGCUUGUGCAAAUCUGAUGGCUUUUCAUCACUCACUAGCUYUUGCACACUUGCAUCCUCUCCGGUAUCCACUGAAUGUUCUGAUGGCAAAUACUGGGUGAAAUGAUUUAAAGGAAGAGCUGGAGACCAUUUGCUGCUCCCUGAAGGCUCCUGGAGCCAUUUGCAGUGAGUUUUUGCUCUGUAUUCUAAGCCUGUACCUCACUGGAUGAAUCCCAGCUGCAUAUUAGUGAGUUGAUUUUUCUUUACUGAUACAAAGCAAAUAURAAACUGUGAAUUGUGCUUGAAGGGGAAAUCUGACAUUCCAGUCUCAACUGUUCUGUCUGGUUACAUAAUAAAAUUAAGGGCGGUUAACUCUGAUGGCUUUUCUUUUCUAAGAUUUCCAGACCAAUGCCUUUAAUUUUGUACUGUAUGCACUGAGAGGGCUCCAGCUCAGUACAGGAUGCAUGUGAUGCCCGGCGCUGCCACUCUUCAGCUUUGCUCAGAGGAUACAUUCAAGGUGAAGGGGUGCAUGCUUCUUGCAGCCUGAUCCCAUUGAAUGAGGGUAUUAAUUCCUCUUUAGGCAUCAUAGUGCUGUCCUAAGGGUGUUCCAGUUCAGGAGGCACUUUCAACACUUGGUAUUUACUUCACUAGCAUUCUGUUGAGAGAAGGGGGGAACUGGGAUGUCUCCUUUUUGGUGGUCCAAGACCAGAAUGUAAUGUGCAGUCAGUGUUUAGACAGCUGGCAGAGAAUGGAAAAUUCUGAAAUACUGAAAAAUUUUCAUAUGAGAACAAGUGGACACUAGUGGAGCUGGGCUCCUUAAUUUUUGAACAAACUAUACAAAGAAAUCAGUUGGACAGCAUGAGGAGGAAUUGUACUGUUAAGAAGACUUACURGUUCAGGGUGAUGUAUUAACAUGCUUACUCUGCAAGUCCUGUUCUUAACAUGAAGUUUCUAGAAUCAGUCUGGCCUGGUGUAAGAAGCUGAGAAGUAGUUUAGUCACUUGCUUGUCUCCUCUUAAGAGAUUUUCUUUAGUCUUUGACUUUGUGGAAGGCUCUAAACUUUGCGGCUGAGUCCCAGUGAAAGGUCAGUGGCUAGGGUUUAAAUGCUGUUAAAUUUGUGGCUAUUGAAGAGCUCUUACACARCUCCAUUGUGUGUUGUCCAAAGCCCCCUCAGUGCCAGUAGACCUUGGACCAUUCUAUUGUGUUUGAGAUCUGCUGUGUGACAGGGACAGGCCUCCUGCCCUUUGCUAGGGGCACCCAGGAUGUGAGAUUUGUGUGUGUGCACAUGUGCACCCACGUAGCUCCUGUGAGCACAGGGAACUGAGUGGGGUUUUAUCUGCUGUGCUCCCUCAGUAUGAGAUGAGGCUCUUCUCCAGGCCAUUGUGCUGCUCUCCAGGCAGAGCUGCAGCUCUCCUGUGUGUCUGAGGUGCUCUUGCCCAGACUGAGCACCGGGUUGUUCAUGCCAAGUGAAAAAGGACAGCUGACCUGUUCUGCUAGGUUAAGCCAUCUUCCUGUGCAUAGACUGGGGAAAAUGCUUCUAAUCUGGAGUUCCUGAUAUCCUGAUGAAACACUGUGCACUCCUUAGAAACUGCAAAACUACAACCCGGCCCCCAAUCUUGUUGUGGUGGAAUUGCUGAGGGGAAGACUUGGAGAAAUCCUGAGGAAGAUGAAAAUGCUGAAGAGCUGUCUGACAUUCAGAGCGGCUCACCAGUAGCACAGAACCCCUUAAAGCAUGCUUUACUGAUGUGGAAAUUACAGACUAYAUGUAAACUCAAAGGGACUGCUCCAUCCCACAGCUUUGCUGGCUGUGUGUCUCAGUAUUACUGUCAGAAUAGAAGAAAAAAUUCCAGCUCUUCCAUCUGCCCCAAGGGAUUUGAGGGCUGAAUUGAGCUUUUGUAAAACUUCUGAUAACAGGAAAGCUGCCUGCGAAAGAAGGAAUGUGUGCUCUGCUUGCUUUACUUGGAUGUUGAGGUUGACUUCAACUAUUGAAAACACUACAAAACCCUGAGUACUCCCACCUGUGUCAGUAACAUAAACAUCAGUCAGCAGCUCCUGCUGAUGUCCAGAACAGGUCCUUUUAAUGCAGAACUAGGCAGGAGUUAUACUGYUGCCUCUCCUGUUACUGACGGGGAAGGUGAGGGCCAAAAUUCACACAUGAAAGUGGCUUGGUCCUGAGCACACAAACAGCUAAUUGGCACAAUAAAUUCCUUGGGUAGCCCAGAUCAAUCCAACCUCUUUUACUGCAGAGUCAGUGCUCCCAAACAGGUGACUUAGUCUGGGAUCUUCACUAGAACCUGCACCGAAUGAAGAAGUUUGGUUUGUAGGAAAGUUUUAUCGCUCCGUACUUGUAUAAAUGUUAAAAUUCAGUUGAUGGGUGACUGCUUGCUACUGCUAAACAGAUUAUAGGGUGUGCUAUGGAGGCCAUCAAGAUUUGGUAGAAGAAAGGCACCUUGGUGCCUUUUUGCCCCUGUGGCAGGUUUAGAGGCAGUAGAAAGAUGAUGGAUCCCAGAGAUGCCCCCACRUGUGACCUCAAACAAGGGAUUCUUGUUUGAGCACAGAGCUCUCAGCUGGGCGUGGUAAGGGUUGGGCUGUGCCUUCCUUUGAGUCAGUCACUUAACAAAAACUGUUGGAGAAAUAUACAGGAGGUAGUUUUGCUCACUGAUGCUUGAUCCCUGUAUKCUGUAUUGCUCCAGAAGGAGUGGGUGGGAUCUGUUUGUGGCUGAGUUUUACCAAGACUUGGUGAUCAUUUCCCUUCUAAGUAUGAAGGAAGAACUUGCUUUUAAGCUCUGGACUCUGUACAAAGAAGAUCCCAGUGAAGUGACUCGGUCACUUAGGGAAGACUUUUUCCUCCCUAAAAACCUAGAAAAACUGUUAAAGGUAGGGGCCUGAAUUUCAGCUAAGGAAAGUCAGACAACUGGAGGUGAAGACUAACUGUCCUUCAAGUAAGUGGGGGCUGAAGGGUACRUUCUCUUGACUUGCAGACUCGUCAAUGUAAUUGGGAUGGUGAUUCAUGGAAUGUUUCCAUGGCAUGAGUAUGUCCAGGGCUGCACUGUUUCAAUAAAUAACAGCAAUUCCUGUUUUACACUGGUCAGAUAAUGCAUGGUAGUGUUSACUAUCAGGCUUUGUAGGCUAUAAAUAUUACUGGGCCUUUAUGCAACCCAGAAGAGAGGUUCCUUUCAUUUAUUUUCCGGGUUCCUGUGUUAAGUGCAAUUCACUUUGUAAAUAAACACAUCACUCGA